AUGUCUCUGCAUCUGGAGUUGCAGAAUCUUCGUCAAAAAUUAGAUGAGACCGUCACCUCUUUGCUCCGACGUGCAAAAGCUGUGGCUGAUGAACUUGCUGCAUCUGGUAAUGCCCUCAAGCCUACUGAAUUUAAUCUACAUGUGCUGCGUGCUUUAUGUGAUGAUCUACAAGAUGCGGUCCCUGGUCGUGGGGGGCGUGACAGGUUUGGUCGAGAUCGUGGUCGUUUUGGUUCACCUGGUGGUUGUGGUUCUCAAUGGUGCUCCUUUUGCAAUCAUAACAACCACUCUAAUGCCACCUGCUUCUAUCGUCCUCAGCAGUUCUAUCCAUAUUCACCACAACCCAACGCAAAUUUCUCAUAUUCACCAUACCCAAAUCCAAAUCCAUCUCACCAUCACCCUAAUCCGCCACUUCUCCCUACCCCUCACCCAUCCACCGCCCUCACCUGGUAUCCUGAUACAGGAGCAUCUCACCAUGUUACUCCUGACAUUCAUUCUAUGUCCUCCUAUGCUGAGUACACUGAUCCUGAUCAGGUGCGUGUAGGCAAUGCAUCCGCGCCACUGAAAUUUUUCACGAGCCAGCGGCCCCAACUGCCACUCUGUCUCUCUCUUCCCCUCCAUCCCUUCCCCCUUGCAUCUGCCUCUUUUUCUCCAUCUCACGCCCUAGUUCUUUCCUCCGUCCAUCACACUGCCCUCGAUGAUCUCGUCGGUGUCAAGAAGUACCUCUGCUACUCCUUGCGGUCGUCCAUUCCACGACGUCGUCGUCCAUCCUACUGCCCCCGGCGACCUCGCCAUCUCUCUCUUUCCCUCUGUCCCUUCCCCCUUGCCUCUACCUCUCUUUCUCCAUCUUACACCCUAGCUCUCUCCUCCAUCCAUCCCACUACCCUUGGCGAUCUCGUCGGCGUCAAGAAGCAUCUCUGCUACUCGUCGGCGUCCAUCCCACGACCUCAUCGUCCAUCCCACUGCCCUCGACAACCUCGCCAGCCACAAGUAGUAGGUUUGCGCCCGCUACUCCAAGGCCUACGCCAUCUAGUCCGACUACAAGGCCUGCUAAAAGAUCUACAGUCCUGCAACUGUGGCUGCGUCUUCUCCCGGAGGAGUGACUUCGGUCUGAAAGAGUGGAAUGUGUUCAUCCGACCAAGGAGUAUUGGCAGUCCCACUACCAAGCAUUUUUGGGUGUUUGAUAGUAGAACCAAGAAUUUCAAGAUUGGUGUGUCUGAGUCUCAGCAGAAAGGCUAGAGGUUGCUGAUUUUGGGUCUCGCAGGUUACUGACUAACAACAUCAACUGAAGUUGAAAUUUUGCCAGAUCCAGCUCAUGCUAUUCGACCAUUUUGUUACGUAUUUGGGCAUAUGUUUGAUCUUUUGAAGAAUCAGUGUUUGUAUUUUUUGAUGUCAGCAAUUUCCUGAUAGUUUGGACAAUAUAUAUCUAUGUUAGGGAUUAUUGUAUGUAUUGAUAAAUUUAUAUUUACAAUUAGAAGUAUUUUGAUGUUCUUCACUUGCAAUAUGUCAAGUUUGAUU